AUGACGACCGCCACCUCCCCCAUCCUGUUGAAAUGGGACCCCAAGAGUCUUGAAAUCCGCACCCUGACUGUUGAAAGGCUUUUGGAGCCCCUGGUCACACAGGUGACCACCCUGGUGAAUACCAGCAACAAAGGCCCAUCGAGUAAGAAGAAGGGCCGCUCCAAGAAGGCCCACGUCUUGGCAGUGUCCGUUGAGCAGGCCACCCAGAACUUUCUGGAGAAGGGGGAGCAGAUCGCUAAAGACAGCCACGACCUCAAGGAGGAGCUCAUUUCUGCUGUGGAGGAUGUCCGUAAGCAAGGAGACUCGAUGCGUAUUGCCUCGUCAGAGUUUGCGGAUGACCCGUGCUCCUCCGUUAAACGUGGCACGAUGGUGAGGGCAGCCCGCGCCCUGCUCUCUGCCGUCACCCGCUUACUCAUCCUCGCUGACAUGGCUGAUGUCAUGAGGCUGCUGGCCCACCUCAAAAUUGUAGAGGAGGCCCUAGAGGGAGUGAAGAAUGCAACUAAUGAGCAGGACCUGGCCAACCGCUUCAAGGAGUUUGGAAGGGAGAUGGUGAAGCUUAACUACGUGGCAGCCCGCAGACAGCAGGAACUCAAAGACCCCCAGUGUCGAGAUGAGAUGGCGGCUGCACGUGGGGCCCUUAAGAAGAAUGCCACCAUGCUGUACACGGCCUCUCAGGCCUUCCUGCGCCACCCGGAUGUGGCGGCCACACGUGCAAACCGGGACUACGUGUUUAAGCAGGUGCAGGAAGCCAUAGGAGGCAUUUCCAGUGCUGCUCAGGCCACCUCACCCACUGAUGAGAAGCACUGCCACGCUGGCAUUGGGGAGCUGGCUGCUGCCCUCAAUGAAUUUGAUAACAAGAUCAUCUUGGACCCCUUGACGUUCAGCGAGGCUCGCUUCCGACCCUCUCUGGAGGAGCGCUUGGAGAGCAUCAUCAGCGGUGCCGCGCUGAUGGCCGACUCCUCCUGCACACGUGAUGACCGGCGUGAACGCAUCGUGGCCGAGUGCAACGCCGUCCGACAGGCCCUGCAAGACCUGCUGAGCGAGUACAUGAACAAUACUGGCAGGAAAGAGAAAGGUGACCCAUUGAACUCAGCCAUUGACAAAAUGACCAAAAAGACCAGGGACCUGCGUCGACAGCUGAGGAAGGCCGUGAUGGACCACAUCUCAGACUCCUUCCUGGAGACCAAUGUCCCUCUCUUGGUGCUUAUCGAAGCGGCAAAGAGUGGAAACGAGAAGGAGGUCAAGGAGUACGCCCAGGUGUUCCGUGAACAUGCCAACAAGCUGGUGGAGGUGGCCAACCUCGCCUGCUCCAUCUCUAACAAUGAGGAGGGCGUGAAGCUGGUUCGUAUGGCUGCCACCCAGAUUGACAGCCUAUGUCCACAGGUCAUCAAUGCUGCCCUCACCCUGGCCGCCCGCCCCCAGAGCAAGGUGGCCCAGGACAACAUGGACGUGUUCAAGGACCAAUGGGAGAAGCAGGUGCGCAUCCUGACCGAGGCCGUGGAUGACAUCACCUCUGUGGAUGACUUCCUGUCGGUGUCAGAGAACCACAUCCUUGAGGAUGUCAACAAAUGCGUAAUUGCUCUGCAAGAGGGAGACGUGGACACUCUGGACCGGACCGCCGGAGCCAUCCGGGGCCGAGCUGCUCGUGUGGUCCACAUCAUUAACGCCGAGAUGGAAAACUAUGAACCUGGGGUUUACACCGAGCGCGUGCUGGAGUCCAUCAAGCUUCUGUCUGAGACCGUCAUGCCCCGUUUUGCUGAACAAGUGGAGGUAGCCAUCGAGGCUCUGAGCACAAACCCCCCACAGGCCUUCGAGGAGAAUGAGUUCAUCGAUGCGUCCCGUCUGGUGUACGACGGCGUCCGUGACAUCAGGAAAGCUGUCCUCAUGAUAAGGGAUUCCUGCACAAUGGGGCAUCAAGACAAUUGCCCUUUUUCAGUUACACCAGAGGAGCUGGAAGACGACUCUGACUUUGAACAAGAGGACUAUGAUACUCGCAGCAGGACUAGUGUCCAGACUGAAGAUGACCAGCUGAUCGCCGGACAGAGUGCUCGGGCCAUCAUGGCGCAGCUUCCCCAGGAGGAGAAGGCCAAGAUUGCGGAGCAGGUGGAGAGCUUCAGACAGGAGAAGUGCAAGCUGGAUGCAGAGGUGGCCAAGUGGGACGACAAUGGCAACGACAUCAUCGUGUUGGCCAAGCAGAUGUGUAUGAUCAUGAUGGAGAUGACUGACUUCACCAGAGGCAAAGGCCCCCUGAAGAACUCCUCAGAUGUGAUCAACGCUGCGAAGAAGAUUGCAGAGGCUGGCUCCAGGAUGGACAAAUUGGCCCGUGCUGUUGCAGAUCAGUGCCCUGACUCAGCGUGCAAGCAGGAUCUGCUGGCCUACCUGCAGAGAAUUGCCUUGUACUGCCAUCAGCUCAACAUUUGCAGCAAGGUGAAAGCUGAGGUCCAGAACCUGGGCGGAGAGCUCAUUGUGUCUGGGUUGGACAGUGCCACCUCCCUGAUCCAGUCGGCCAAGAACCUAAUGAACGCAGUGGUGCUGACUGUAAAGGCAUCUUACGUGGCCUCCACCAAGUACCAGAAGGUGUACGGAACAGCGGCGGUCAACUCCCCCGUGGUGUCUUGGCGUAUGAAGGCCCCGGAGAAGAAGCCGCUGGUAAAAAGGGAGAAACCCGAGGAGUGUCAGACACGUGUUCGACGAGGCUCCCAGAAGAAACACAUCUCCCCCGUCCAGGCCCUCAGUGAAUUCAAGGCCAUGGACUCCUUCUAA